UUUUUUUUUUUUUUUUUUACGUCCCAUCAGCUAAUUGUUGUCACAGUCACACGGUGGGACCCGAGCGACCUUUACAAUUAGUGUGUUUUGUAAUUUGAAAUUAAGUUUCAAUUAGUCUUGAAUGCAAUUAACUAUAAUACAUUCUACAUCCAUUUACUGGUGUAUUUAAACAAUUGGGCUUAACUUUACUUUGUGCAGGGUUUCUGGCCCCCCUAGUCAGGGGACGCAGGCCAAGCUGAAUUGCCGACAAAUCUCUACUUGUUUCGUAAGUUAACCGGUGUUAACUAACGUUGCAUGUAGAAAUGAAAUGAAAGUGGCACGCCCCGUUGUUGACAUGGUCACUGUCGGCAGUGUACAAGUAGGCGGGUCGGUUGUUUUGGCGGCUGUAGCUCACUUUAUAGCGGCAUCACAGAGCACACGACGGGGGAUUUAAAUCGACAACACGCCGUCAUAGCAACGCUGAUGAAACAGCUGACUUUGUUUAACACACUGCUGCCAACACUGCAUGGACGUGCUGAGAAAAACUGAAAGACUUUUCAAUCACUUAGCUUAUCUGAUCUGAUCACAAAGUCAGUUGACAUCAUCCUUACUUGGUGAACCCUGUGUUUGUGCGAACAGGAGGAGGAAAAUGCAAUGCACUCCUGAAUCAAACUUCUACCUUGAGAGCUGCAAAGGCCAGCGCUGUUAUGACUGCGCCGACAGUGGUUACUCAGGUUUAUUCCACAGCCCACAGAGCACCAGUGGAGUUGACUUGUCUCCAGUAGAAUUCAAUGAAACGCCUAAAGAGAAUCUCAGGCUUCCUGUCACACCUAAGGAGAGGAGCAGAGGACCAGCUGGAUUGUUGGGCAAAGACUCCAGGGGAUUACAGCUGCCAUCAGCUGUUAGCUGGUGUGAAACUCCUAAAGUAUACAAAAGAGAUUCCUUGUUGCGACACAGACUUCUAAUGUGCAAACCCACCACAGAUGUCAAAACUGACAGCAGAAGAUUACCAUGCAUCAGUAAGGCUGAAUCCUCCAGCAGUGUCGGGUCUGAACACUGGCUCAGUGCAUCGUUUGACUCUCUUGACACUACGGUGGACGCAUUGGCACCAAGCACUUUAAAAUUGGAGCAGGAUCUGCCCCUGUCUGGCAGGAAACGUCGUCUCCUCUUCACGCAGGUGAGGACCUCCACUCUUGAAGAUGGUAAACUCAACUCUGGUCACCUCUCCAGUUUUGAGAGAAGAGUUUCACUCUCAGAUGCAGAUUUCAGUGGAAGCAUCCCUGCCUCAGAUCAAAUUAGUAUUGAGACUCUGUGCUUUAGUAAAUUCCUGUCUGCCUCAUCUAAGGAAAACUCUCGGUCACCGAUCGGUGAUGUGAAAAAUAACGUAUUCGACAGCUCAAGUGUCUUGUUCACACCGUCAGCCACACACACACCCAAGUACACAAGGUCUGUGUCUGAGGACAGUGGUUUCAGUUCCCUGACCCUUGAUAAAUCCCAAGACUCCUCGGUGGACCAUGACGGCUCAUUCCAGGAGCUGCUGCUCCCUGCCUCCAGAGGAAACUGUGAAACCCCAAAUCUGGCUGAGACAAAACGCCGCUUCCGUUUGCAGCGUCAGCAAAGGCUUUCUACACUUAAAGAAGGGGGCUCUCAGUCUGAUGAGGACCCAACAGACAGAAAGCAUGAACAUCAGCGCCACAGACGUUCUAAAGAUGAUGUUUUUGCGGACAGUGCCACGCCUCGCAGCGUCCUUUCUGUUAGGUGUGGUAAUGGCAUGACCCCUGAUAGUUUGGCCUCUGCAAAACAAGACUAUGCCACCCCAUUAAGGGCGACCACCACAAAACUAGAAAACAUGACAUCUUUUAGCACAACUUCUGCCAAUCCAGACGUAACUCCUCUCAGGACAACCCCAGUCAAUCUUUGUCUGACUCCAGCAUUGCAGCUGGUUCAUGCUAUGUGCCAGCAGAAAGCCCAGAUGUUUGUUGGCCAAAGUCCAAGCCUGACGGAGCAGCUGAAGUCCACAGCAGCACUGGCUGAAACCCCGGUGACGUUCAGGACCACCAUGCCAUUGGCAGGGCUGAUUGGCAGGAAGAUGGGAAUGGGGAAGGUGGACAUAUUCACAGAGCUGAAGAAGAGGAACCUCAGACACAUCCUGGGUGUCAUACUCGGUCACCUGACCUCUGAGAGCAUCUACAGGUGUGGUCAGGUGUGCAAGAGCUGGAAUGAAAUCAUCCAGCAAGACAAGAGAGCCAGUUUCAAGAGAGGAAACCACCUGAGUGAACUGGAGGCUUCUCUUGAGCUCAGUGGUGCUGUCACUGUACCUGACGCAGAGACCAGGCUCACUCUGCUGAAAAGGUCGGCCCUCAAGACGGUUCAAGCCCAGUCUAGGACCUCCAGCUACUGCACCCCGCAGUCAGGAAAUAGCACUUUGACCCCAUUACAGCACAGCGCCUUACAUUCAGGAAGCAGCAGCAAACGGGAUAAAUUCCUAGAAGUUGCCAAAACUCUCUUCAAUGAUGAGUGCCUCAAGCCUUGCCCUCGAUGUGAGCAUCCUGCGAGGUGUCACUCAGUGAAAAUGGAGGGCGUGUGCAGCAGAGCCGACUGUGGUUUCCAGUUUUGCUUGGCCUGCUUGUGUGCUUUUCACGGCUCUAGAGAGUGUGGCAGCCAGUCUGCAGGCCGUCGCAAGAAGGACAUACUACUUCCAGGAAGCGCUCAAAGUAAGCGAAACGUUAGGAGACUAUGA